CCUGCGGACGUGGCCUGGAGGGCCGAGCCGGCGGCCUCUGUGUAUUCUUGGGUGAAGUGCCCCCAGAACCUUCAAGGUGGUCUGGUUGAAAGAUGUCGGCCCUCACUACCCUGUUUAAGUAUGUCGAUGAAAAUCAGGAUCGCUACAUUAAGAAACUCGCAGAAUGGGUUGCCAUCCAGAGUGUAUCUGCAUGGCCUGAGAAGAGAGGUGAAAUCAGAAGGAUGCUGGAAGUUGCCGCCGCAGACAUCAAGCAGUUGGGUGGCUCUGUGGAAUUGGUAGAUAUUGGAAAACAGAAGCUCCCCGAUGGUUCUGAGAUCCCACUUCCUCCCAUUUUACUUGGCAAGCUGGGCUCUGACCCGCAGAAGAAAACCGUGUGUAUUUACGGACACCUAGAUGUGCAACCAGCGGCCCUGGAUGAUGGCUGGGACAGUGAGCCCUUCACCUUGGUGGAGCGUGACGGCAAACUGUAUGGGAGAGGUGCGACCGAUGAUAAGGGUCCAGUGGCCGGCUGGCUGAAUGCCCUGGAAGCCUUCCAGAAGACAAAUCAGGAAAUUCCAGUCAAUGUCCGGUUCUGCCUGGAAGGCAUGGAGGAGUCAGGCUCCGAAGGCUUGGACGAACUGAUUUUUUCCCGUAAAGACACAUUCUUUAAAGAUGUGGACUACAUCUGCAUUUCUGACAAUUACUGGCUGGGGAAGAAGAAGCCCUGUAUCACAUAUGGUCUCAGGGGCAUUUGCUACUUCUUCAUUGAGGUGGAGUGCAGUGACAAGGACCUCCAUUCUGGCGUGUAUGGGGGCUCGGUGCAUGAGGCCAUGACGGAUCUCAUCAUGCUAAUGGGCUCUCUGGUGGACAAAAAAGGAAAGAUCCUCAUUCCCGGCAUCAGCGAGGCAGUUGCCCCCGUGACAGAGGAGGAGCUGGAACUCUACGACAAGAUUGACUUUGACAUGGAGGAGUACACCAGGGACGUGGGGGCAGAGACUCUGCUGCACGGCUGCAAGAAAGACAUCCUGAUGCACAGGUGGCGGUACCCGUCCCUCUCUCUCCAUGGGAUCGAAGGCGCCUUUUCUGGAUCUGGGGCCAAGACCGUGAUUCCUAGGAAAGUGGUCGGCAAGUUCUCCAUCCGGCUCGUGCCAAACAUGACUCCCGAAGUUGUCAGCGAGCAGGUCACGGGCUACCUGACGAAGAAAUUUGCUGAGCUGCACAGCCCCAACAAGUUUAAAGUGUUCAUGGGCCACGGUGGGAAGCCCUGGGUGUCUGACUUCAACCACCCUCAUUACAUGGCUGGGAGAAGAGCCUUGAAGACAGUGUUUGGCGUCGAGCCCGACUUGACCCGGGAAGGUGGCAGUAUUCCUGUGACUUUGACCUUUCAGGAGGCCACGGGGAAGAACGUCAUGCUGCUGCCUGUGGGCUCAGCUGAUGACGGCGCCCACUCCCAGAACGAGAAGCUCAACAGGCUUAACUACAUAGAAGGAACCAAGAUGCUGGCUGCGUACCUGUAUGAAGUGUCCCAGCUGUAGGAGGGAGCGGGUUCCCUCACUCGUGGAGCGCCGUGGGAGGAAUUGCUUCUGCCCUUGCUCCACCCCGAAUGUUCAGGAGGCUGUCAGCGCGAUGGUCUCCGGAAAGUAGCCAGGAUCUAACAGCGCACAUUCGUCAGAGGUUCUGGUUGCCGUCCAGCUGGGCUGCACGGGGGGUCUUCCUUCCUGCCCCCUCUCUGCCUCCUGACUCUGGCUUGGGCACACUUAGGAGAUUUAGUCAGGGGCACGUGAUGCCCUGAGGGGCCACCCCUUCUCGUCCCUCGCCCUCAUGUGGGUUCUGUCCUUGUCUCCAGCCUGAAACCAGUACUGCUGUUUCCUAUCUUCUCUUUAUGAUGAUUCCUCAAAACCUAAACCUAACCGUAAGGAUUACUUGUUCUCAGUAUGUGCUACCAAAUAAAAAGGUACAAAUGAA